AUGCAGACAGUUAACUGCGUCCUAGUCGGGGACGUAGCGGUGGGCAAGACCAGCCUCAUUGUCAGCUACACCACCAACGGAUACCCGACACAGUAUGUUCCAACGGCGUUUGACAACUUUACCGUGAUGGUUGUGGUCGACGGAAAACCAGUGAGAUUGCAGCUCUGUGACAUGGCUGGACAGGACGAGCUGGAGCGCCUCCGACCUCUGUGCUACAAGAACGCCGAUGUCUUCCUCCUCUGCUACAGCGUGGUGCGCCCCUGCUCUUUCCGCAGCCUGAUGGAGAAGUGGGUUCCUGAGAUCCGUCAGCACUGUCCCGCCGCGCCCCUGGUCCUCGUCGGCACCCAGCUGGACCUGAGGGAGGACGUCCAGGUGCUGAUUCAGCUGGCGCAGAACCAGGAGCGGCCGGUGGGCACGGAGGAGGGCCAGCAGCUCGCCCAGGAGCUCGGCGUGGUGAGCUUUGCAGAGUGCUCUGCGCUGACCCAGAAGAACCUGAAGGACACUUUUGAUUCAGCCAUCUUGGCCUGCAUCCAACAGACAGACAGCUGUAGCGUCCAGCAGCAGAGGCAGACUCUGAGGAAGAAGACGCCCGAUAAGUUCAAGAGCCUCUCGGAGACCUGGUGGAGGAAGAUCAACUGUCUGAUGGGAGAGCAGAGCUGUGACUUGAAGUGAACAGCUGCAUAAUCGCAAACCUGGGUCAGAUCAUGUUUGCAAAUACUUAGAUUUGGUUUGUUUCAGCCUGCUAGCAGAAGAUAAGCAGUAAUAAGCAGUAGUAUGUUCAAUAGGGCUAACGACCUCUUUAGAAGUACAGAAUAUGAGUUCAAUUUCUAUGUCCCCGGCCAAUCCUGCAUGCUGUCGAUUUAUGAAAUACUUUACACAAGUCCUUAAGACAUGAACUUUGCACUGCUGAUCGCCUCAAACAGCUGCUAGAAUAAUGUUUCAACCAUUUUGUACCGGACAUCUUUUUUGCUUUCUUUUCUCCCUAAUUUCCUUUGUUUUGGCUUGUUUACCAUCUGUUUAACUGCUUUUUAACUUAGAUUUGGUUUGUUUCAGCCUGCUAGCAGAAGGUGCCAGAUGGGUGGGGAGGGACAACACAACAAGCUCCAGAAAGAGCUCAGAAAUGCAGGUUUGUGACUCACAAACUGUCUGUUCAAAUCCUGAGACCGACAGGAAGAGUGUGGGUGGAGGACUCUGAUUUUACACAUCAUUUUCAGUUUACUUGUAUCGAGAGAAGAGAAUCGUAUCGGAGAAUACAAAAUGUAUUCUGUGGCUCUGUAGAAGCUUUCGAAAGACUGACAGCUGCUCACUUGCGUAAGACAUUAAAGGCACACUAUGCAAGAUUUGUACCUUAAUAUAACGGUUU